AUGUUCACCACAAAAUCCUUCAUCAAGAAGAACAAAAUCGGCAAUUUCCUCAAAAACGUCCGAGAACAUUACAUCAGAGACGAUAUUUCUUGUGGAGUCCCCAAUUGCACCAAAUGCAAAGCUGAAGCCUCUAGUUUCUUAUCUGAAACCCACAUUAAUAAAUGUUCCCUCUACAAUUUCAAUCAUUUUGUCAUUCUGGACACAAAUAUAAUCUUAGAUCAAAUGGACGUUUUGGAAGAACCAGUAAUUUCUAAUGUUAUCAUUUUGCAUACUGUAUACAAAGAAGUUAAAAACAGGAGUUUGCCUAUUUACAAAAGAUUAAAUGCUAUAUUAGAUAACCCUAGCAGGCAUUUUUAUGUUUUCAUCAAUGAUCAUCAUCAGGACACAUUCAUUCCUGAAGAAGACAGCAUAUUAAUCAAUGAUCAUAACGAUAGAUGUAUCAGAGCAGCUACUUCCUGGUACAUCAAACAUCUUCCAGCUAACCAUUUUGUUCUUAUAACAGAUGACAACAAAAACAGGCAAUUGGCAAUUGCAGGCCAAAUACCAGCUUGCACUAUUGCAGAAUAUGUAAAACAUCUUGAAAAUAAGUCUCUUUUAGAAGACAAGCUUUCACGGAAAGAUUUCCACACUGAAUCAAAAGGCAAAGAAAUUUUUCCUCCUCACUUAUCCACUGCACAAUUACUUAAUGGCAUUAAGCAAGGUAUAUUGCAUCAAGGAACUUUCAGAGCUUCAAAGGAUAACUUUUUAGAAGGCUUUAUUAAUGUAGAAGGAUUUACAGAUCCUGUUUUGGUUCAAGGUAGAAGCGGUUUAAAUAGGGCCGUUGAUGGAGACAUUGUUGCCAUUGAAAUAUUUAAAAAAGAACAGUGGGUUAGUCCUAGUGAAAUUAUCUUGGAAGAUGAUGGAGUUUCUGAAGAACAAAUUGAAGAUGUUGAAGAAAAAGAAAAAGUAUUGAAAAAUACUACUGUGCAAGACUCUGAAAUAAAACCAACUGGAAAAGUGGUUGGUAUAAUUAGAAGAAAAUGGAAACAGUAUUGUGGUAUUCUACAAGGUAAUUCCGAUGGAGUUUAUCAAAUUUUUGUACCAGCAAAUAGAUCGAUACCAAAAGUUAGAAUAGAAACCAGACAAGCAGAUUUUCUCAAAACUCAAAAACUUAUUGUCACCAUAGAUGCUUGGCCUAGACAUUCACGCUAUCCACAUGGACAUUUUGUAAGAGCUUUAGGCCGCAUUGGAAGCCAAGACACAGAAAAUGAAGUUGUACUUUUAGAACACGAUGUCCCUCACAGUCAAUUUUCAGAAGAAGUUUUGAGUUGUUUACCAAAACUUCCUUGGAUUAUUACCGAGGAAGAUGAGAAGCGCAGAGUGGAUUUGCGCGAUAUUGAUAUUUGCUCUGUAGAUCCUCCAGGAUGUACUGAUAUCGAUGAUGCAUUACAUUGUCGUCCCAUCAAAGAUGGUAAAUUAGAAGUUGGAGUUCACAUAGCAGAUGUGUCUCACUUUAUUAGACCUGGCACAGCAAUUGAUCUUGAAGCCGCUUCAAGAGCCACAACCGUAUAUUUAGUUGGCAAACGUAUCGAUAUGGUUCCAGAACUUUUGAGCUCAAAUUUGUGCUCCCUUAGAGGUGGAGAAGAAAGAUUUGCCUUUUCAUGCGUAUGGGAAAUGGACCAGAAUGCCAAUAUUUUGAAGACUAGAUUUCAUAAAAGUAUAAUAAGGUCUAGAAGAGCUAUGACAUAUGAAGAAGCUCAGAUUACUAUUGAUGAUAAAACUCAAACCGAUUCUAUAGCAGAGUCAUUGAGGAAUCUUAAUAUGUUGGCUAAAAUUUUGAAAAGGAGACGCAGAGAAAAUGGGGCUUUAGUUUUGGCUUCUACUGAAGUUAAAAUCUUAAUGGAUUCAGAAACAAUGGAGCCUCUUGAUGUGGAAGUGAAAAAAAUGUAUGAAACCAAUUCAAUGGUUGAGGAAUUUAUGUUGUUAGCUAACAUAAGUGUUGCUGAAAAAAUUUUGGACGAUUUUCCUGAUUGUGCCAUGUUGAGACGUCACCCUACACCACCAGCUACUAAUUUCGAUCCAUUGGUUAAAGCAGGAAGACAUUUGGGCUUCGAUAUUCAAAUAGAUUGUGGCAAAAAUUUAGCUGAAUCCUUAGAUAAUGCUGUUAAAGCAGAUAAUCCUUAUUUGAAUACAAUGUUGAGGAUGUUAGCUACAAGAUGCAUGUUACAAGCUGUAUAUUUCCCUAGUGGAACUUUGCAAAAAGAAGAUUUUUACCAUUAUGGUCUCGCAGUGCCUUUGUACACUCAUUUUACAUCUCCUAUUCGUCGUUAUGCAGAUAUAAUUGUUCAUAGAUUGUUAGCCGUGACUUGUGCAGCUGAUAGUACUUAUCCAGAUUUAUUAGACAAACAAAAAUCUUCAGAGUUGUGUCAGAAUUUGAAUUACAGAAACAGGAUGGCGCAAUAUGCUGGAAGAGCUUCUGUUGCGUUCAAUACUCAUCUGUUUUUCAAAGGAAAACUUAACGACGAGCAAGGGUAUAUUUUGUAUGUCAGGAAAAAUGCUUUGCAAAUUUUGAUACCUAAAUAUGGCCUAGAGUGUACGAUGUACUUGGUAAAGAAAGGGGAGACUUCAAUAUUUGAGUACGACGAGGAGACUAUCACGCAAAAAGCUGGAGAUGUUGUUUUCCAUACUUUCGAUCCAGUGCUGAUUCGCUUAAAAUUAGAUUCGAGCAAUAUCCAGCAUGAGAAAUUCACAGUUCAAUUAGUGGAACCUCAUAUUCCAGGAUUUAGUGUAUCGCCUUUAGCAGAAUUGCAAGAGGGCAUGAAUGAAGAAGGCGCAAAGCCUGUCAAUGAAAGGAAAAGGAAAAGUGAAGAAACAAAGAAAAAUAAGAAAAAUAAAAAAUGA